AUGACCAUCGGGCUCAUACCCAAACCUCCAGCUGCUGAGCACAGACUGUGUCUGGGCUACGAAGAUGAGAAAAAGAAUGAGAAACUGCCCAAGCCCUCCCUCCACGCCCGGCCUAGCUUGGUGGUUGAAGCCCGGAGCAACGUGACCCUGAAGUGUCAGGCUCCUUCCAAGAAUGUGACAUUCAUUCUGCUCAAGGUGAAUGACUCUGGGUACAAGCAGGAACAGUUCUCGACAGAAGACGAAGCUGAAUUCCACUUCACGGACCUGAAGCUUAAGGAUGCUGGGAGCUACUCUUGUGCCUAUAAGACAACAGCCUCCCAUGAGUGGUCAGAAAGCAGUGAACACUUGCAACUGGUGAUCACAGGUGAGAAGGGUAGCCUCAGAUGUGCUCCUUGA